AUGUUGGUGGAGGAUGAGUGUCUAGAAGGUAAUGAGAUAGUUACAAGGGAUGUUGUUGAAUUGCACGAUGGACUACCCAAUGAAGAUGAAGAACAUGUGCCAGUGAUUGGAAUGAAGUUCGAAAACUACGACAAAGUGUUUGAAUUUUACAAAAAGUAUGACGCUCGUGUGGGUUUUCCUGUUAGAAAGAGAACUUCAAGGAAAGACAAAGAGGCGAUGGCCGACAAGGUGGCGAAUGAUGAUGUGAGAGCAGGUAAGCUUAUGGAGUGGAUCGAGUCUGUAUCUCAUGAUUUGGAUUCAAUGAAUAUGGAUCAAAGAAGUGAAGGAAAAUCUGAUUUGCACCAAAGUAUAUUGGUAGAUUCAGUUAAUGGAGGAGUGGAUAAAAUUUUGGGACUGAAAAUUUCUGAUCCAAACCAUGUGAAAAGAAAAGGAGCUCCUCGAAAAUUACGUCAAAAGGGGGCACUGGAAAAAAUUUCUAAGAAAUUAAAG